AUGGUCACUGUGGAGGACCUUUUGCAACAGACAGUCCCUACGGGGAAGCGUCGUAGUGUGAGAAGCUCUUUAAAUGACUCCCUAAACACCACCGCGAGUUCUACUGUGGCAAGCGCGGGGAGCCAGGAGCCGGGACACGUGUCUGCGCCAGCGGCAGGGCAACGCCCUGCUUCCCCGAAGCAGCAGGCGUCGGAGCGCGUACAAACUGCGGGGCGUUGGCGCAUCGGAAGUGUAUUCAAGAGGCUUUUUCAACGAGCAGCACACCGGCCUGCUGUGCCGCAGCCUUCAGCGGAGAGCCCGGCCAAUCCGGACGAAGGCCCCAUCCUCCGACGGUACUCGGAAAUAACCCGGGAGCUGCUUAACAACUGGGUCGAAAGCGACGCGCCGGAACUGGCGCCGCCGAACGACAAGCUUGGUGAAGAGCGUGUAGAGGAAGAUAGCACUCUAGGGGUCGACCAUAACUUGCCGCCUAGCGAACGUUCAUAUCGGAGACGCGUAUCGCGGAGACGACGGUUUAUACGCGCCAUGACGUGCGGGAUUGAUCCUAACCCAGAGGAUGGAGAUGCGGAGCCUACUCCCCAGCUCUAUGCAUUUCGUAACCAGGAACUUCCAGCGGUGAAACCGCUCUUCCUUCCCUGGUUCGUGGCAUUGAUUCUACUCGUACUGGGUGUAGCCUGCCUGGGUAUCGGUAUUUACCUCUCCGUUACGAACAACUCCUUGCGCCGGUCUAUACAAGUGCGAUACGACGACAAGUGCUCCCUGAAUGAACAGGAUUGUGUUGUUCAAGUUAAUGUACCAGAACGAUUGACUGCUCCGGUCUACGUAUGGUAUCAUCUCACAAAUUUUUAUAGCAAUCAUCGCAUCUAUGAUGAAUCUAGAUCAGCUCGCAUGGAUGAAGGGCACUGGCCGCUGACCUAUUCGCAGGUUCGAGACUGCCUACCCAAGCUGUACGGCGGGAAUGUAACAGCGAACAAUCCUAACGGGUAUCUCGUACCCUGCGGGUUGAUUCAGUACUCACAAUUCAACGACACCAUUCAUCUGUGCUCGAGCCCCGAUGUUUCCGCCUCUAGUUGUACAGUCCUCAGCGGAAAUGACUGGACGGAUGUUGGAGUUGCCUGGGAGAGCGAUAUUAAUGCACUAUACCACAAUGGUACCGUGGAUCCACCAUUUACACCUGCGGUGAAUGCACGCAUCACGAGUCCCGAUUACAUCGUCUGGCAACGCAUAUCCAGCGGAUCGAAUUUUUUGCGUCUAUAUCGCAUCAUUAAUCGAGACCUUGAACCCGGCAGGUAUUCACUCAAAAUCGCAAAUAAUUUCAAUUCAUAUGCUUAUCGUGGGUCCAAAUAUGUGAAUAUCGGCAAGGUUGCUGUCUAUGGCAUGAGGAACACGGUGCUUCAAAUUGCUUACCUCACGACAGCUGGUGUGCUCCUGGUACUCGCGCCGGUGGUUAUGGUGACCUACUGGUUGAGCAAUCGCCGGAUUGCAGAUCCCAACAGCCGAUUCUUGAAACAGAUCAUGGACGAGAUCGACGAUGCAGCGUGGAUCGGAGAAGCGCCCGAAUCUGCGAACUCGAGUGCGCUGUGA